AACUGAAAUAUGACAUAAAGUACAGAACAUUUUAUACUAAAUUGUUUUGCAAUGAAAAACAAAUAAUUCAUCAAACAUUAUACAACACGAAAGUUUUACGGAAAUAUCAUAUGUACAUUAUAUAGUACCCUGUCUUACCAACACUGUUAAAUGUCUAGUUUAGUGACUAAUAUAUAUAACCAAAGUUUACAAUAAGGCUGUCACACGACAUUCAAACAUACAACAUGCAAAUUGAAUUAUGAUUACGUCUGAAGCACCGAAUAUCCUUGACGAGUACACCCAUUAGUUGAAGACGCAUUUAUUUUUUCUAAAUUAUUGAAUGAUUCUGUUCUAUAUAUAGUUUUAAACGGAAAAUCCUCAGUAACAUUAUCUUUCAACUUCCAUAACAUCAAAGUUAUCCAUGGACUAUACUUUCAUUGAUUAAGCGACACACGACACAAUGGAAAAUAAAAAUAAUCAAAUUUACGGUAUUAAAAAACUGUCGAUUUUUGCAUUGUGUGCCAUAUAACGUGGCAAAUACAAUGCACGCCUGGCAGGAGCUGAUAAAAGAGACCUACGUAUCCCUAAGUAUGCUCUAUUCCACGGUCAAGUACGAUAGCCAUUACUUAUCGGAGAGGUCUUGACCUCGACACCGGUAUUAAAUAUCUACAGUAUUGUUAGGCCGACUAUUGUCUUACUACAGCAUGGUGUCGUAAACAAUUACUGAAACGUCAUUUGCGUAGGAUAUGUAGGCGUUGUGCACAUAUUUACAAUCGAACGAAAGGUCACUAAGAGUGGAUAGGUCAAGUGGUCGGUGGGAAGGAUACCAUAUUUCAGCCAAGCAGUAAUAGCAUUGCAUAAUGGAUUCCUGGACAUGGUUUAUUGUAGCAGUUUCCCAGUUAUACGGCGUGGAAUGUUUUCUGUUCAGCUCAUCCUCAAUCAGAACUGAUAGUUGUUCAAAGCUGAUAUUCACCUGUCCACCAAUGUGUUUUGUACGUAGCUCCGCCGGAUGUACGUGUGACUGUACAGACCCAGCCAAUCAUAUGUCGAAUCCAAACCUCGAUCCCUCCAAUCCCGGCGGGCCAGUGGUACAACCAAGCAGAAACCCUGCCAACCCUUUAGGCCCUUAUAUACCUGGGAUGCAGCCGUGUAACAACGAUUGGAUGAACUGUCACAGCCCAUGUGCUCCUUCUAUAGACUUCAAGACUGGCUGUCCACAUUGUCAGUGCCCUCUCUCAUCAACACCUACCCCUACAACGCUUUCACAACCUACAACGCCCUCACCUUCGACAGGUUCAACUAUAGCCGGACCGAUAACCACAGUAAUACACACAUCAAAUCCUACUACGGCAACCUCAACAAAAACUCAAAAUUCAAAAAAUCCGAAUGUUCAUACAACUUCAACAGCUAUUAUCCCUGGUGUAUCAACAUCAGCUACAAGUGUACCUAAGACUGUUGCACUAACCACAAAACCACCAAGAUCAGGUGCCCCCAUAGCCCAGACAACGCCAACCAUUAAUAGCAAUAAUCCUGCGAUCAUAACUAGUUCACCAGCAGCCUCGAGCCCACCGACAUCUUCGACAACUGUUGGAAGUCAAUUAACAACGUUAAGAACACAGGCAUCUGUAACAAUGACGUCUACAACGCCAAUAACAACAACUCCUCAAACAUCUCCGGCAACUACAGCGAGAAUAAUUACAACUCCAAAGGUUGUGAUUCCUGUUGUUCAAACAACACCUCACGCUCCUACGCAUGCGCCCUCCACUAUCCCGUUGACCACUACUUCAAUGGCGACGAUUGUAUGUCCAGGAAUUUUCUCAUGUAUGACCGACUGCUUCGCUGGUUACAAGUCGGAUGCAAACGGAUGUCCACUAUGUGAAUGUGAACCCUUACCAACCGGAUUUCCAUAGCUAUGGACGCAUGAUGAAACAAGGACUGAUUCAAAAUAUUUUCGUUACGAUUUCUCUUUUGUUGUAUAAAUAAAGGCAAAAGCU